GCUCGAGCAUUAGCUAAUCAAGCAUCUAAGUUGCAAAAACCAGACGGCUCAUUUAUCUUGUUGCGUGUUUAUUUUAGUCAAAUGGAUGGAAAACAAUGCCAAGAUGACUUUGCCAAUAUUAAUGCUACUUGGAGUGGCCUUGAUUGUGUAAUCUAUACAAGCACUGUGGAGUCAGGCAUCUUGUUCGAAAUUCCUAACUAUUUUGAUGCAAUUAUAGCAAUUAAACCAAAUCGUGACAUUAUUCGUGCAGAACUUUCUGCCUUAAGACCUGGAGAUUUGCCAACUGCAAUAAAAGGAUGCCGUGAAUGGAACAAAAUUGCAGACUGUUAUACACUCGAUUCAUCUCCAGCAGUAGAGACCUAUAUUGAGGUUGAAUAUCAGAGAUGUUUAUCUGCCAAAUAUUUUCCAGAAAUCCUUUGUAGUCUGAUUGCUAGUACUGGAGCAUCGCUAGAAUUAAUUACA